GCUGCUCUUGAAUCGGGCACACACACACACGACACAGUUCUGCUGCUUAUUGAAGUUGAUUAUUGUUUUUUCGCCCAUAAUCGUAAAUCAGCUACUCAAAUGCUGGACAGCCAGAUGCAAGUUUACGAGCUGCAAUGGGAGGUAAUUUUAGAUCGUCGUGUUUAACGGCACACAUGUGUUUAAACAGCUGAUCACGACGACCGACCGACCGACGUACGACGCCGGUGAACCAUUCGAUACGAUUUUCUAGGUCGUGUUUAUUUACAUUAGUUACCUUCGAAACAAUAAAUCGCUGUAUCGAGGGAAGCGAGGUAGUGAUCGGCAACGUGGCCGUAGGUCAAUAAUUAGUCUACGAAGCCGGGUCGGAUCUGUGCGCAAAGCGUGUCAACACGAACCCCUUUUCCAUUAAUUUGUUCUGUCGUCGUCGCAGACGCCAACCGUUGGCAGCGGUUCAAUUGCAAGGGUAGAAGUAAUUUAAAAGCUUCUUCCCUGUCCCGCAUCGCCCCAUCGCGCAAGGAAGGCAUUCGGCCGAUGCGUCUGCAAAAGAAAGCAAACAGUCUGUACUCGGUACUUGGGGUAGCACUGUGCGUGUCUGGCUUUGAAAUGAGACCGAAAUGUAAGGUUAAAGCAUUCCAAACAACCCGAACCCCCCGAGGGUUGGAACACUCUGUCUGAUGAUUACAAUGCAUCAUCAGUUGCUAAAUUGGUUCUGAUGCAAUAACGCUUUCUUAGCGUGACGGCACCUGACUUUCAGUAUCGGUUGGCCACAAUCCAACGCAGCGGUGGGACGAGCACCUGCUGCUCUGCGGGAUGGUUGUUUUGUUUUGUUUUAAAUCAGCUUCUUCCUGGUGUUGGGGCUAGCGCUUCAUCUGCUACCAGCUGAUCGAUCAGUCGAUCCCCGUCUGACUUACGAUCAGCAGCCAGCCAGCACACCAUGCUGCACUAUCAUCAGCGGAAACACACGCGCAAAACCGUUAACGCUAGAACGGCCAGCCGAAGGUGUAAACAGCGGAAGUCGCCUUACAGAAUCGAUUUCGAACACUACGACGACCAGUACUUCGUGCUGCCCAUCCACAACAAGAACAAAUGGUACCGGGGCUGCAACCGGCAGAUCAACCAGGAAUGGAAGCGAAUGCGGGUCGAGAAGCUGAAGACGCUCGAGCGCAGCACGGAGAUGCCACCCAGCCUCACCAUUGUCAGCGCCCAGAACGAUCGGGUGCAGGUGAUAGCGCUGUGUUCCAUCUCGAAAAUUCCAUCCUGUGCCCGGCGCUGUCUGCUCGAGGUGAUAGCAACGCAGGAGUAUCUGUACUACCUGAACAUCGAGCACAUCUUUGUGGCGUUGCGCGAUCAGCACGUGUUUCGGUCGAAGUUUCGGUUUAGCUUCACGCGCUCGCUGGCGUACCGGGAGAUACUGGAGCGCAACGAACCGCGAGGUGUGUCCAAAUUUUUGCUGUCGAACGAUCCGCAACGGUGGGUGGUGAAGCAGUACGAAUCGUCCGAGGAGGAGCUGUACGCGCAGCGACAAAAUUGCUACUACUACUAUUACUACAACGAGGAGGAAGAUGACGACACGUACCAGGAUUAUUACAGCUGUAAAAAGCGGGUGGCGUACGAUGGUCCUCCACCGCCGACCUCGAAUGAACCGUACCUGGUGGUCCCGAUCCAUCGACAUCCGGAGCUGAAAGAGCAGUGCGUGCGGUUGAUAAACACCGAGUGGCCACGCUCCCGGAUGGCACGGUUUUGGAGCUUCGAAACCUCAACCGAUACGCUUCCGAUCACGUUCGUACUGACGCAGCUUAUCGACGAGACAACCACCGUGCUGGGACACGCGAAAGUGUCUCCCGUGCCGGCGGACGAUAGCUCCGCGUACGUGGAAUCGGUCGUGGUGGAUUAUCGCUACCGGGGCCGAGGAAUUGGCACGCACCUGAUGGAGGAGAUUGAGAAGUACUGCAAGGCGGUGAUGAACAUCAACCACAUGUACAUAGCGACCGACGGGCAGGAAGUGUUUUACGCCAAGCUUGGGUACAUCUUCUGCAAGGCGAUCAACAUCUUCGGCACGCGGUCGACGCGCAACACCGUCAGCAAGAAGCACUGGAUGCGGAAGGUACUCUCCGACUGGGAACCGUACCCGAUGGGUUACGGGGACGAGGUGCCGAGCGAUCCGGUCGGAAGCAUCGUGGAGGUGGACGUCGGACCGCCGCAGGCGAAGCUGUGCGUCGAUCAGCUCAUCUGGAACAUUCGCAACAUCGUGUACAACCAGACGAACGUACCGUGCCGGAAGGCGAAGGGAGAAGAAAUAGUGUACGAUUUAAUUCUUAAAAUGCAUGCCAUUUAGGGGACCCUCUGUGAGCGAUCGAGCGAGCGAUAAAUAAAGAUUCAAAUCAAAACAAA